GCAAACAACGUUGGAAUAUUCUGCCAUUCGCACGGCUAGCACAACGAAUUCUCACGAUUUACAAACAAAAAGCGUUUUAAGAUAAUUUUACAGAUUUUAUUUUCUUUAAAUCGUUAAAUAAUUUAUCAUCCCGAUUCGGAAUAACAUUAUGUGAAAAAAUAUUCAAUGAUAGCAGGAAAUUGUUCUUGAUAAGGUUACUGCGAAAGGAGUUAUAUGAUUUUUCCUUUCGUCAUUGUUAUUUACAUGUACUUGACGCUUUUGUUUAAAAAGAAUAUUUAAGAAGAAACCUGAACGAUAGUUUUAUGGACUGCUAAUGGGAUUACUAUUAAUAUAACUAGUUAUUUACCGAGAACAUUUGAAUGUAGCUUAUUAAUCAGCUUAUGAUGCUGAUUGCUGCUGACUUACCAGUCGAGUCGCUUUUCUAUAUUAUAUGACAGGAAACGCUCGGGAUGUGGAAAAAGUUAAAAGAAUUCUCUCGCUUUAUCGAUCGAGAUGCCGAAAAAAAAACGAGAGAGUAUUAAGCGAUAUUUUAUAUUAGACGCUCCUGGUUUGUCAGGAACGUCGUUGAUUUAUGGACGCUCGCUUGAGCGUGGAAUUAAUUGGAACAAGCAUAGUGUAACCUAAUUUUAUUCGGUUUUCGUUCAUCGAUUCUAAAUAAAGAAUUCUUUAAACGACAUUUUCUUUUUACAAGCAACAUGUUGCUGGAUAGACCUAAAUAGAAAUUGUAUAGUAAACAGCUUUUGAUUUCGAAUACAAAAGUUGCCUUUAGCAGUUAAUUUACAGCUUUGUGUAACAUAUUAAUUGUAUUCUUGGAAAAUUAACUUGCAAAGUUAGAACUUCAAAUUUACGAAUAUCUGAUUUAUAAAAAUAGAAAAUGUCCUGAAGAUUUGAGAUGUUAUGGACAGCUGUAACUUGCAUAGUCAUUAUAUGACCGUUGUAAAUGUAUAAUAUCUGACGGUUAUAUAUUUAGGCCAUUGUAAAUUAAAUUGUAGGCCUACAGAAAAGAGCAUCUCUACUGGUGCUAAUUGGUAGAUGUUUUCAGAAAAUGAGAUACUAAACACCCUACAGCUGUAGAUUUCUAAAAUUUAAUUUGCAUCACUAUUAUAUAUAAUUGACUAGUUCACAAUCAGAAUUUUUCAGGAAAAUCAGCGCUUAAAAAAGCAUGAUUUCUUUUCUAUGUAGAAAGCUUUUGUCUUCGUCGCAUAAUUCUCAUCACUCACCCUCAACAAACAAAGAAAGCUUCCAAACCUUUUGGCAGCUUGAUUAAUACGUAACAGAUAAGUUAAGAAAAAGUACGUGUGUUGCAUUAAUUUAAAUAAUUACACAAACUCAUAGUUAAAUACUGGCCAAACUUAAAAAGCAGAUAAGAAUAGAUGUAUAAUCAAAUAUAAGUUGGAAUUGUGAAAUAUUCUCUAUUCGAAAUAACACGGCAGAGAAUUGUCAAUAGUGUAAGGCGCGCUGUGGUUAAUUUAGCGAAUGUUUAGCCUUUGGGAAUGUUGUACAGACGCAUGUUUUUGUCAGGAAUGGAAUAUAUUUAAGAUUCGACGUUGACUUUUCCAGGUGCUUAUGACCACAGCGCCACCUGGCGCCUCGAUGGGCAACUGCAUAUCCCGGUGCUGUACGAGCGGAAGCUCCACACGUCAUCGUUCGAAUCCGGCGAAGCUUGCUGCACCUACAAAUUCCAGACAACAUGCCUACGAACGGAACAGAAUUUUAAAUGGCCAGAAUUGUAACGGCGCCAAUGAUGGAUUAAAUGUUACUGGUGAUGUAUCUGCCACCGAAGGCGGCGUUGGAAACGAAGCAGAAGCAGAAAGAGCCUUGCUGGAUUUAUAUGACCGGUACAAAGACACAGAAGAUAUAAAUUGCAUUUUAGCCGAUGGUUGCGAAAGGUUGUGUUUCGAUCUGGAUCUGAAACCAGAUGACUUUCGGGUACUCGUUCUCGCACAUGCUCUGAACGCAAGUUCAAUGUGCUGCUUUACAAAAGCCGAAUUUCUCAAUGGGGGCCGAAAGUUAGGCGUUCAUUCUAUAGGUGGCUUUAAAUCGGUCAUACCGUCAUUAAUCAAUAAUCUAAUCUGCGAUAAAAUCUCUUUCAAAAUCUUCUACAAAUGGACAUUUUCAUAUGGUUUGGAGAGUGGCCAGCGUUCUUUGUCAAUCGAAAUGGCACUUGUCCUCUGGCCUUUAAUAUUUACUGAAAACGAGCCUGCCAUCCUAAAACCAUGGCUUCUUUUUUUGGAAAAAUCCUCAUCAGUAAGGGCUAUAGCAAGAGAUACUUGGGAUAUGUUCCUGAAUCUAGUCGAACAAGUUGGUGAUGAUUUAUCAGCAUAUGACGAAUCUGAAGCUUGGCCUUCUCUAUUUGACGAUUUUGUUGAAUGGGAAAAUGAUAGGAAGAAUCAGAACGUUUCUGAAGACGUUCAAAUUUAAGAUUAUACAGCUUUAUAAAAUUUAUCAAAUGAGCGAAUUUAAGCGAAAAUUCGUUUGCUUUUAGCAAUAUGCUGCACAAGUUUGUUGUGUACGUUUUUCUUCUGUUCGUUUGCAAAUCUAGUCGAAGGACAGAGUAUGUGCGUAAAUGGUUAUAUAUAUAUAUAUAUAUAUAUAUAUAUAUAUAUAUAUUGUGUACGUGUAUAUAUAUGUAGGAAAUUUGAUAAAAAAGCGGAUAGAAUAUUUUAUAUUCAUUUCCACGUGUCUUUCAUUGAUCGCCUUUACAAGUAGUUCUGAGUGGGUUUCAUUUGUUGUUCAGAAAAUUUUUACUUAAGUGAAUGUCGUGAGAAUUGAAUAAUUAUAUAAGGCGAACAUCUGAAGGGUAAGUGUUUCUUUUCUUUUUGUCGUACUAGCAAAUCCAUUGCUCAUAUGAUUAAUGUUUUACGAGACUAAAACGUAAUACAGUACUAUCUAAUUAUUAAUUCUUCAUAAAAGACAUUAAGCCCAUUUAUAUUCUAAAACGGAAAAUAUUAUCAAAUAGUCUUAGUUUAUCUCUUCAAGAGGACAAAUUGUUAAUGGUAGAUCUUAAGUUUAAAGCUAGAAAUCCCUGAUCAGCACAAGACUUUAGCAUAUUUUCAGCCACUUUCAUAAAACCAAAGGCAUCAAAAUACUUUUUAUUCUUCCUAUCUUUGCUAAGUUUUUGAAGAAGAACGCUCAACUUUUCGGCCGUUCUAUCGGCUUCUAAGCCAUCCUUAAACGUUAGCGAGACCGUUCUAAACCAUAAAUCAUUGCUCAGACUGUCGAGGAAGUUGUCGAGGAAAGUUGACUCAACACACAUUUGAAUAUGAAUAUCCAAAGACUUGUUCUGAAGUGCUUUGUUAGUAGGUCGCAAAAAAGGUGUAAUGGCUAGUGGCCCAGCAUAUUUCAGGAAAAGACCUCGGCCAACUUCAUUCUUUACCUGAUUUCUAAUUGUUUCCAGAGCAUGAGCGAGCUGAUCAACUGGCAGCGGAGUAUGGAGGAUAAUUAAAGCCGACAACAUCAGACACUCAGUGUCAGAAUAAGAUGCCAUCUGGUGGCGGGGUCCAUAUAUUUGCUCUCCAAGUCUUCUUAAUGUUGCCGUAUGCUGAGAACGUUGAUGAUUGGCUUGCAAACUUUGCAAAAUAGCAUAUAUAAAUUUAAAAGGUGAAACUUUGCUAUCUUCAAACUCGGGUAACAAGUCAAUUAAUUCUGGAAGAACCCUCACGCACUCGUCAAUAUCUUUAGAGUGCUCAGAGGUCCAAUCGAGAAGCUGUAGUAUUAAUUGUUUACCUUUGAAUUGUACGAGUUUUGGCUUGAUUUUAUUUGAUGGCUUAUCGUUUUGCGAUUUUAACUUAAUAUCUUUCAGAGGAUUUGAAGGAUUUUUCAAGCGUUCAAAAUUUGAAACUCUUCCUUCCAGCGACAAGCAUUUUUUCUGAGUCUUCUCCAAUUCCUUUUCCAAUAUUCCAACCUGCCGUCUUAGGCCCUCAUUCUCUUUACCCAAUAAAUUCAUACUUUCUCUUAAUCUCUUGUUAUCUUUUUUCGCUUCUUCAUUCCCACCUUUUAAACGGUUCAACCGUUCCUCGUAUUCUCUUUCAAUGCAAUUAAUCUUUUCAUCGGUCUCUUCCGUCACAACGCUGUCCAAUUUUUCUUCCAACUCUAAAAUCUUUUCUUCUCUCAGUCGCAACCGUUCCUCUCUAAAUUCUAUUUCCCUAGAUUUAGCAGAGAGAGCUGUUGAUUCCCUUUUUAAAUGAUCUUUGAUUUCUGUUAACUCGUCGUAAACUUCUUGUAACUUGGCUUCACAAAUUCCUUGCCCCUGGGAUAAUGGUGGCCUUUCUCCUCGGAAACCAUAAAUUGUUCCUUGCACAUAUUUUUUGUUUCCAUUUAGAGUUGCCAUGACUAAAUUUGUAAAAGAAUUAUUCUAAAAACCAUGUAAUAUCGCCCAAAUGUUUUGAUAACUUGGCAAAACAAUUUCACUUUUAGUUCACCUCCUAACGAAAGCUGCUUCUUAUUAAUAUUAAAACUUACAGUCAAAAUUAAUAAGAAAAUAUAUGAUUUUUCAAAAUAAAACUUAACAAACAAUAGACUGCAAGUUUAAACACGUAAAAUUACUACAUUCCGAAAGAAAGCGAAAUCGAUUUCGGAAAUCGGAAAAUCCGUAAGUCUCGAUUUGCAGAUGUUAAUUAGAAUACGCUAAUAUAUUUCCUAAUAUCUCGCAGUUAUUGAUAAAGAUUAAGAAAUGUAAAAUUUACAGUACAUUUCUAAGGUCACAUUUAUA